CGACGAAUCUCGAACCCAACUUCGAUUUGUCUACUCUCAACUCUCUUCCAUCAGCCUUGCUCAUCAACCGCAAGUGCCUCACCAACCGCAAGAAUGACUUACAAGAACAGAAAGCUCGCCAAACAGAAGGCUGGACAGAAGCGAAGCAGGAAGGAGAGGAAGCACCAGAAGGAUAAGAUCAAGGUUACUGAAAAGCGCAUGGGGCUGGGAUCUUCCAAGUCUCAUCAUUCCACCAGGGAAUUCGUCGAAAGGUACUCCCUUUCCAACAACAAUUCAACCAUCACUUCAGUCAUCUGGAACAUUCGCUUGUUCAGCAUCAGAGAGCUCAAAGAGAGGAUUCCUUACCCCUUCCGGAUCUUCAAUUGUGCCAGGCCCUUGAUCUACGCCUUGGUUGCGGCUCUCCAGGAUAGGGGCAGGGGCAUGGGAAAGGUCCUCAUGAUGGCAGAAAACUUCUUCCAUCAAGAUGCUGAAUUCAACAAGGAUGAGCUGCUGGAGACCAUUGGCAUGGAGCUGUUCUGCUUUGGCGUUUUGUACAAGCACUUCAAGGAACUCGACGCGGACGAAGACGAAGAGGUGUACGAGCUUGAUCUCGAUGCCGACGACCUUCCCGAAGGCUUCAAGCAACUCGUUCAACGUCUUCGUACCGCGCUCGAUGCGUUGUAGAUGACAUACGACAACCGUUCGAUACCAUCACAUCGUACUGUCAUCUGGCAACUUCACCCUUCCGUUCUCUAGUCUGAUCAAGUUGUCAUGAUCUCGUAGCACAGAGUAGUAUGGCAGAGAUCGAUCGUCAUCAGCUCUAUCGAUCGUCAAUCGCAGCCAGGUUUUCAUCACGAGCGUUCUGCCGAAGCAGCCGUCACGUCAUCGCUAAGAUCAUGCACAAAAUAUCC